UUUUUUGGUACUGGGAUUGAGUCGAGGGUCUUCACACAGAAUCUUUUUGUUUUGCUUUCUUCUCUUCUUUUCAACACAGGUUCUUGCUAGGUCCCAAAUUGCCCAGGCUGGCCUAAAAUUUGAGAUCCUUCUGUCUCAGCCUGCAAAGCAGCUGGAAUAACACGUCUAUGCCACCACACCCAGCAAAGCUGGAGUUUUUCAGUGGGAUUUUAUUGGGAAAGAAGGCAGUUGCACAUUUGGUAGCAUGGCCUAAUUAACUUCAUCAAAGGGUUCAACAUAUCUUCUACUGUAAGGUUUAUAUGUGUUCCCAGAUCCUCAGAAAGAUUGGGUCUCAUGAGAUCAGCCUUUACUAAGCCUUCAGAUGUUUGGAUGUUCUGAGCGCCUCCACUGUUACAAAGAGCCUUUUCCCUGAGGAAAAGGACUUCUUGAGACUUGAUCUUGUGACCUCGAUAGUGUGGAAAAUGAGCAAAUCACACUCAACCUCCUGUACAAGCUGGAGACAAACCAAACCGAGCCGGACAUCAGUUUUCUCAGGAGCCAGAGUUGCUCGGCUUCAGUCAUAAAGAUGCAGAUUUGUAUUCAAAGCAGGGACACAGACACAACCUUCCUUUUUUACCUUGACAAAGAAGUUGUACACAGACUGAAUGUGACACUGCGUGUUAGCAAAGAGUCCUUCGGUUGUUGUUUUUUAUUUAAAGUACAGAGAUAAUUGUGGAACCUAUGGGCCGGAAUGCAGCUUUGUGCCUCAACAUCUUAGAUCAAGAGUGCAGAGCCAUCUUGCACCUGGCGUCGUUGUUGCCGUCCCCCACUGCACGGGCCUUUCCGUGUUAGCCCAUGGGAUGAAACAUGGCUGCCUUACUCGGAGAGGCAGUGUUUCUGGUUCUGACUGGUCGCUGUGGCAGGAGUGAAAUUUGAUUGGUUGGAUGUGAGCCAGCCCUCCCUUAGAGCCAAUCAGCUGUGGCAUGGGGGGUGUGGCCUCACAUCUCAAAUAUGGCUGCCCAUGUCCUUGUGAGGAGUGGAUGAGGGAAGGGGCAGAGUACCGUAAGUGAGGCUUCUGGUGAGGCCACCCUGACGUCCUCGCAGUGCUGACGCAAUGACUAUACGCAGUUCUGCCAAGGGCAGCCACGGCCAGACCAGAGACCUGAGGCACGGAUCGGCCGACAGGAGCUAGGCACGAGGUGCGAAGGCCGAGGAAGCCCCUCGAAGGCGGCGGCCCGGGCCCCUGGUCCCCUUCCCGGAGGCCAUCCGGAGUGGCCGGUCUGCGGGAGCGCCCGGGGUGCAUCCCCGACCCGGAGGCGGAGGCCGAGGCGGCGGUGGACAUGCUGGGCGAAGUCCUAUGAGUUCGAAGACUUACUGCAGUCCCCCUCGGACAGCGGCAGGUCGGACUGGUACGCGCAGACCAGGCUGGGGCGCACGCGCACUCUCUCGGAGGAGAACGUGUAUGAGGACAUUCUGGAUCCGCCCAUGAAGGAGAACCCGUAUGAGGACAUCGAGUUGCACGGCCACUGCCUGGGCCAGAAGUGUGUCCUGACCUCCCCCGCUUCUCCCACUUCGUCCGCCCCUGACACGCCCACCAAGCAGUCAUUGUCCAAACCUGCCUUUUUCCGGCAGAAUUCAGAGAGGAGGAACUUCAGACUGCUGGACGUGAGGAAGCUGAGUCGGGACGGAGCAGGGUCCCCUCCCAAAACCAGCCCACCCUCGACACCCAGCAGCCCCGAUGACACCACCUUUAACCUUGGAGACCUGCAGAAUGGAAGGCGGAAGAGAAAGAUCCCCAAGCUGGUACUGCGCAUCAAUGCCAUCUAUGAGGCCCGGAGAGGGAGGAAGCGGGUGAAGAGGCUGUCGCAGUCCACGGAGAGCGGCUCAGGGAAAGUGACAGAUGAGAACAGCGAGUCGGACAGCGACACUGAGGAAAAGCUAAAAGCUCACAGCCGGCGCCUGGUCAAUGUGCAGUCCCGCCUGAAGCAGGCCCCUCGCUACCCAGCCCGUGACCUCCUCGAGUGCCAGGAGAGGCAGCUCUUUGAGUACUUCGUGGUCGUGUCCCUGCACAGGAAGCAGGCCGGGGCCGCCUACGUGCCGGAACUCACGCAGCAGUUCCCUCUGAAGCUGGAAAGGUCUUUCAAGUUCACGCGGGAGGCUGAGGACCAGCUGAAGGCCAUUCCGCAGUUCUGUUUCCCCGACGCCAGGGACUGGAGCCCUGUCCAGCAGUUCACCAGUGAGACGUUCUCCUUUGUCCUCACCGGAGAAGACGGGAGCAGGCGGUUCGGGUACUGCCGGAGGCUGCUGCCUGGAGGCAAAGGGAAGCGCCUGCCUGAGGUGUACUGCAUUGUGAGCCGCCUGGGCUGCUUCAGCCUCUUCUCAAAGAUCUUGGACGAGGUGGAGAAGAGACGUGGCAUCUCUCCGGCCCUCGUGCAGCCCCUCAUGAGGAGCGUCAUGGAAGCCCCUUUCCCUGCCCUGGGUAAGACCAUCGUGGUCAAGAACUUCCUGCCAGGGUCAGGCACCGAGGUCAUCGAGCUGUGCCGCCCGCUUGACUCCCGGCUGGAGCACGUGGACUUCGAGUCGCUCUUCUCGUCGCUCAGCGUCCGCCACCUGGUGUGCGUGUUUGCCUCGCUGCUCCUGGAGCGGAGGGUCAUCUUCAUCGCGGACAAGCUCAGCACGCUGUCCAAGUGCUGCCACGCGGUGGUGGCGCUCAUCUACCCCUUCCGCUGGCAGCACACCUACAUCCCCGUGCUGCCGCCGGCCAUGGUGGACAUCGUGUGCUCGCCCACGCCCUUCCUCGUCGGGCUGCUGGCCAGCUCGCUGCCACUGCUCCGGGAGCUGCCGCUGGAGGAGGUCCUGGUGGUCGACCUCAUCAACAACCGCUUCCUCCGGCAGAUGGAGGAUGAGGACUCCAUUUUGCCCCGGAAGCUGCAGGUGGCCCUGGAGCACAUUCUGGAGCAAAGGAAUGAACUGGCUUGUGACCAGGACGGAGGGUCUCCGGACUGUGAGCAUGGCCCCGCGUGCAGCCCCCUGAGCGAGGUGGUGUCCGAGGCCUUUGUGCGCUUCUUUGUGGAAGUCGUGGGCCACUACCCGCUGUUCCUGACGCCGAGCGCAGGCGAGCGCGAGGAGCGGGCCCUGCAGCGCGAGGCCUUCCGCAAGGCCGUGUCCUCCAAGAGCCUGCGCCGCUUCCUCGAGGUCUUCAUGGAGACGCAGACCUUCCGGGGCUUCAUGCAGGAGCGCGAGCUGUGCCGGCAGGACGCCAGGGGGCUGUUUGAGGUCCGCGCCCAGGAGUACCUGGAAACACUGCCCAGCGGGGAGCACAGCGGCGUCAACCGUUUCCUGAAGGGACUGGGCAACAAAAUGAAGUUUCUCCACAAGAAAUAGCCUGGCUCUGCCUCAAGGGCAAGCUCCCGCCUAGUGACGGCGGGUUGCAGCGGCUCCUGGGAGCGUCUGUGAGCGGCUGGGCCCUGGGGUGUCCCAGGGUGGGGACAGAGACCAGGAUGGCCCCAGCCGAGAGCUCAGCCUGUGACAGCCCGCGCGCUGCCUGGAGCCGCCACCAACAGGCAACACAUUAUUCCCAUGGUUGGUUUGGGGGUUUGGGGAUUUUUAAUCUGAGAUGUUAAAAAAGUGGCUUUUCCUCUUCUUAAGCUGGGGCCAAGCUCAGUGCUUCAUCUGGCGCUGGGCCGCCGUCUGCACCCCGACCCAGCAGCAGGAGAAGUGAGAACAGGAGGAGGUCCUGCUCAGGACGGGUAGGCGGAGCUGGUGGGGACAGAGCAAGGGCCGGUACCCUGGCACAGCCUUGGGUGUGGAGGAGCCUUUCGCUCCUCCCGCCGGGCCGGUGACGCCACCUAGUGGCCGAGGCCAUGGAUGCCUGUGUCUCAUGGACCAGACAAAGGUGGCUUUGUCUUCUGGAAGCCAUAGAAGCAUCUACCAGCGCACAGCCUGGGACUCAAGGACACCCACGGGAAGAGCUUGUGACACUGGCUGGAGCCCCCCGGGAGCCUUAGCCAUCAUGCUGACCGCAUUAGCGUACAGACAAAGGACGCAAGAGAGCUGUGGUCCCAGCAAAGUGGGGCUGGCCUGGGGAGAUGCAGGGACUCUGGGUAGCAGGAACCAGGGCCACAGGCUGACAGGCGCCACGGGGACAGCGGGAGCAGCAGGAUGGGCCCUCAGGGCAGCCCGGGGCCAGCGUCGGGACACCCCCCCCCCCCGGGUCCCCAUGGAGUGCCACCCGGAAGUUGGCAGCAUGGGUGUGAGAUUGUCCUCAGCAGUGACCCGGGGGCCUUUCUGCACUGCAGAGGCCCGGACCUGUCAGGGAAUUGGGACCACCAGCCCAGAACUACAGCCAGGAUCUGGGGUGCCCAUUUUUUUUCCAGAGAAGAUCCAGAGUUUAUGUCGUGUUCACAAGGACUCCCCCGAAGGUGGGAAGCAGGCUGUGCAUAAAGAUUACGGGAGGAAGGCCAGGCAUAGUGGUGCAUGCCUGUAAUCCAGCAAGCUGAGGCAGGAGGGUUGCUGAGAGUUCAAAGCCAGC